CGGAUCGAUAUCGCCAGGGAAAAGCGCGAAGGAUCGCUCUGGUUGCCUCCUUGAACAUUCGGCUCGAAAUCGUUUGCACAAUGACCACGGAACCAUACCGUUGCAGUUAUACGUGGACGGUAACGGAAGGAGUCUCGGAGAAAGAAGUAACCGUGCAAAUGUGCGAAUCACCUUCGCCUGAAUUUGCACCAAUCGACGAGCUACUAGAUUUGGAUCGGUGUUUAAUUUUGAACGGAUCGGAUGGGCAAGAUUCGUGCGAAAUGCGCCUUAGUGUGAUACCACUGUACCUGCCGCGAGCAAUUUCCUUGGUGGUAGAAUGUCCUGUGAUAGAGUGCUACCAUGGCCGAUUGAAUGAAUAUUACAAAACCUACCACGGGGAGCUGGUGUACACCCUCGGUGGCGUCAAAGUCUUUCGAUUCGAUAUACGUAUUACGACCGAUCUGGAUGAGUUGCAGUUGAAAUUUAUCACACCGAAAAAUGAGCCUCUGUGCCUCUACGGUACUCGAUUGUAUCUAGCGCGCAACCCAAAUCCUCUACACAGUGCGAUGCUCCGAGGGAGAAGGAUUAACCCGGCAAGUGUACAGCAACGCCUGGAGGAUACGGAUUUGUCCGAUAAGGCGGAAAAAUGCAAGCGGCUCGUGCUGGGCGCCAUGCAAUCUUCCGAACAGAACGUUACGAACAACAAUGAUCAGCCGCAAGCUCCGGCAAAGCAGACAACCGUAUUACCCGAUACGAUAAAAGAUUCCGAAGGAAAUUUGACGAACCUUUUCGGUCAGUUGCUUCUUCCGGGACAAAACUCUCACUCUGCGGUGCUGGAAAUGUUCAUGAAACAGUACAUUGAUCAAAAAUUUUCCGAGUUAGAACAAAUGUUCGAGAUGAAGCUCUCCAGCCUGGAAAGUCGUCAAAAUAAGAAAUUAGAUCAAAUACUUACGUUAUUGCAAGGGCAAAAUGUUGAUAGACCGGCAAGCCAACCAUGUGAUGCGGUAGAAUAAAUGUUCUUUCCUACGGUUUGUUAUAUCCAAAGGGCAUCAUUUGUUGUAUGUUUAUUGUGACAACGCAAUUGUAAAUAACAUUAAUUCCAGAACGCCGAAAGCCUUUUCUGGUGGAACAUUCAAAAACAAAAGUGCGUUUAAAAAGAGAUUGAAAAUGUUUGUACAUGCAUAUAGCUU